UGGUUGUCUCGCUUGCGCAAGAAAGCAGAGAGCAUGGCGGACGAUUUCAAGCAAAUCGCACGCUGAGGCUGAUUUUCCCUUCGCAUCAAUCGUUCUUCGUUUACCUUUCGAGCGUGCGGACGUGCGUCGUGUUCCCGUUUCCACGCUAAGUUCGUUUCGGUAGUCUAGCGCAGUAGGCGACAUGUUUUUCGUUUUGCGUGGUUUUUAGAAACGGGAACCUGCUUUCAGUGUUGUAGAUGAGCGAAUAUUAGAUGAAAACAUACUAGUGUGUUGUAGUAGUAGGCGCGCAAUCGUUAUUAUACCCCGGAGAGAUUAUAUCCUGUCCCUGCUUUGUGUUCGCGCGCUUUUGUGUAGUGUGCCGGCCAAGGCGAUAGUUCAGCGCACACGCAAGCUAGUGGUGUUACUGCUAAGAUAUUCCGGAUACACUAGGCUAGGAAACCAACUCACUCACUCUCGUUCGAGCUUUCGAGGGAGUUAAAACAAGCUGUGAUCUGUGUAGUGUGUAGUGAAAGAAAAAAGAAGAGAAAAUACGUCUUUCCCUGAAAAUUGCAACGAUUGUGGACGAUAGUCCUGCAAACAGCUGUGCGAAGGAUUUCAUUCAUGCCAUCGCAGCAAUCGCUGAGAUCUAUCUGGACGAAACUGUGCCAAGCUUCGUAAAAAAAGUGUUGCUAGUGUGUGUUUGGUGCUCGCUGCGGCCAGGACCGCGAUCAUAUUUCCACGUGCUGCCGCGUCAGAUUCCAAUUGCAGCCCCGUAACAUCCGUUGCGUCCAUCAGUGUGCAGUAUCGGACCCGGUGUGUGUGCGUAUGUGUGAGCGUGUGUGUGUUUGUUAGAAGCAAAAUAGAAAAAAAAACGCAAAAGCUACACCCGCAAAAGAUCCAUCCGAUUCCUUCUAUCUCCAUCCCUGCCCUCUAUAACGCGCCUAUAACGGCAGGACACGACGUCAUGACAGCUGUGUAAAAAAACACCCAUCCCCACCCAAUCGAAACCCAUCUUGACCGCGGCUACGCCAGCAACGGUGUAUGUUUGUCGUGGGGGUGAUUGCUCAAAGCCGCUCUUCCCGUGGUGUGUGUGGUCGCGCGUUUCGCGGUUUGUGCGUGUUUUGUCCCGUGCCAGAUGAUAGAGGAGCCAUUGCCUGUGUGGAAUUGGUCGGUAAAACGUGUCGUCAAUAUCGCUUCCCGUUGGUAAACUUGGUUGCUUUUUAAAAUACGGUGAUAACAGAAAAAAAAGUUGUGCUUGAGUUGUGUGGUCUGCUAAGAUCUUGCUCGAAUGUGUCACAGGUCCAGGUCGGGCGUGUUUCCAAUGUCAGAUUUGCAAACGGGCAACCGAUCAACAUAAAAAAGUGUAGUGCGAAGAGAAAAAGAAAUAAUUAUUGAGUACGAGAAUCCAAACAACGCGCAACCCCAGUAAUCAAAGCUUACUUGCUGUGUGUCGUCUAGGUGACGAAAAGGUUUUCUUACGUUGUGUUAAUGGGUAAGGAAAAGUAAGUGCAUUGUUUGUCCGUCAGUGUGUGUGUGUGCCUAAAAUUGUCGUGUGGUAACAAGACACCCUUCCAAAGCACGACGCAAGAUUUUGGUGAUCCUUGGAGGAGCAGCUACGCCUCAUCACCAUCAUAAUCGCAAAAUAACUUCAAACAUCGCCCAACAUCCCGAGCGGAAGAUAUAAAUUCAACCCCAUGCAUGAUCGAUGCCCUUGGUAGUUUCUUGAUCCACCGGCACUAUCACAGAACGACAGACCUAAUGACUAUGGCGGAUGGCGGUUAUGACCCAAUGGGGCACAUCCAAACGGGUCGUCCACACGCGUACUACCUGUACCAGGCGGCAGCGGCUGCUCUGGAACAGCAGCAUCAACAGCACCAGCAGCAGCAGCAGCAACAGCAGCAGCAGCAGCAUCAACAGCAGCAGCUGCAGGACCAAUCCGGCGAUGAGCAGGUUGCUUCACGGUCCCGUCCAGCUUCAAACGAUGGCCACGAGAACAACAACAACCUGCCCGCAGCAGCUAACAACAAUCUGUUCCGCUCGGAGCAGAAGAAGCACAAGCGGAAACGACUGUCGGCCGUGCUGGACAAGCUACACAACGGUAGCGGUACGGUGGUGAACCACAACAACAACAACGUCGGAGAGGCGCAAAACUUCAAGGUCAAGUGUACCGAUUCGCGCUCGAGCGCGGAAGAUUCGGCCGAAGACGUGUUCCCAUACUCUGCAAGCCCUCGAAUCAGCAUCAGCCCACUGCGAUUGAGCGAAGUGGACGAGAACAACCCGCUGCAGCAGCGGGCCACUCACCAGCAGCAUGCACUACCUCAGGAUCAACAACUGCCAUCGCCCUCGCAGCUUCCCCGUCAAACCAAGCUGGAUGCUUCCCCGCAGCAACCGGCGUUGCCACUGCAGCCGUCACAGAUCAAGCAGGAGGAUCAGCAGUACCUGUACAAGCAGCUUCAGUACUUCAACCCGCUCGCCCUGUUCAACUAUCUCCCGGAACCGACCAAGCUGCUCUACCAAGAGUUUGCGCGUCAGCGUAGCCAUUCCGACUCCGAUCUGCAGCUUCAGCAGCUCCAGCAGCAGCAACAACAGCAGCAGCAGCAGCAGCAGCAACAACAGCAGCAGCAACAAACUCAGCUGAAUCCACCCAAGAAAAAGAAGUCGAGCCAUUCGGGGCGAGCAUCGCAACGUCCACCGACGUCCAGCAGUCGAAGCAGCAACGCCAGCAGUAGCAGUGGCCAGCAGGAUCCGCAGGAGCAGCCACUGGAUUUGUCCAUGAAGUCGCCCUCGCUGCUAGACUCGCCUAGUCUACUCGUCACCACUGUGAUCAAGGAGGAGCCGCAGUUGGCCGACAGCCCACCGCCAGACUCUCCUCUGCCGCCCGUUUCGAUCGGACAGAAGCUGCUCCUGAAGCGGGAAGACAUGCCGGACAUCCGCCGGUCGCCCGCUUUCGAGCAUCUCAACGGCCAUGGCCCGCCCGGCUUCAAUCUGAACGUUUCGCCCGUGGUGGAAGAAAUGCCGCCCGGAUCGGACGUUGCCUACAUGUGCCCGGUGUGCGGUCAGCUGUUCUCGCUACAGGACCGGCUCGCGAAACACAUGGCCUCCCGGCACAAGAGCCGCACCGGGGCAACCGACAUCACCAAAUCCUACAUGUGCGAGGUGUGCCAACGAUCGUUCGCCCGAUCCGACAUGCUGACGCGCCACAUGCGUCUGCACACGGGUGUCAAGCCGUACUCGUGCAAAGUGUGUGGCCAAAUCUUCUCCCGCUCGGACCAUCUCUCCACCCAUCAGCGGACGCACACCGGCGAGAAGCCCUACAAGUGUCCACAGUGUCCGUACGCGGCGUGCCGCCGGGACAUGAUCACGCGUCAUAUGCGCACGCACACGCGCUACGAAUCGCAGCGAGGCGGCGGUAGUGGAGGAGGCUCCAGCGGAGGCAGCACCAGCCCGUCGAUGGACCAGAAGCCGAUACUGUUGCCGAUGGUGGGCAUGAGCACGGGCCGUACCAUCAAGAAGGAGUCCGGCUUUGGAGGUGUCGGUGGUGGGUUCGUCCUUGAGGCAAAGACUGAAUCGUAAAGAUGCACGCGACACAUCCAGGCUCGCGCGCUUCGAUUGACUAUGGUCGUGUAGUUCCAGCGGUGUAGACGCUAGUUCCUCGCUAGACAUGUGUAUGUGUGUGAAUUAUGGUUUCAUAAUAUCUUUCCCUUAGUGUGUAUGUAUCGUUGCCGAUGGCAGGUAUGGCCUCACUAGAGUUGGCAGCAAAGCGUUUUUACAAAAUGUUAGACUCUCAAUGGUUGUGACUGAUAGUCCCCAAAGCCAGGAAAAGGUAGCUCAGCAGGUGAUGGCUUUGUUAUAUGUUUAGUUCGUUGUAUCGCCUUAUCAGGCUCAUCAUUCCCCCUUUACAAAACGAUCAUUCUAGAGAUUUCAACAACACAUCGUUUCAUUAUGAUUUCAUGCUCAGUUGGGGAUAUCAUUCCUUGAAAGCGUUGCAAACGAAAGGUAGUUAAAGAGUGUCUAUAUGCUAGAUCAACCCGGGCACACAUCCCGUCUCUAUGUCUUUUGGAUAUUUCGGUUCGUUAGAUAGAGUUCAAGCAAACGAGGUUACACAUUAUCUUCACAAAAAUACUCCCAAAAAGCUAUCGGUAGUACUGUAGCAAAGCAGGAAGAGUAAUAGGUUGCACCGUUUGUGAGCAAAGAAAUGAAGAGAAAGUACGCCUUAAAAAUAAGCAUGACAACCCGUGUGCCUUAUUCGAUAUGGGAACUACACAGCAACCUGCAAACCUGUAGCCGAGUGGAAUACGUAGCUCCAACACUCCAGACAAGUAGUCCAUUUAGAACAGAAUAGAACAGAAGCUCAGUACAGUAGUGUUGAACGGAAAAAGAAUAUCUCUCUACACCGAUUGUUAUGAAGCGAAGUAAGUAACGAUCUUGUAAGUGUUGCUACCAACAACGGAAAGAGCAUUAGCUCAUGUAACACGUAGCAUGCAUUGCACGUAGGUACAAAACUUACACCGCCCUGAUGGAAAUGGGACCAUUCCUAACCCAAAACACAUAGUGCACAAAGCAAAGCUAGAAACUAUAGAACCGCAUCGUGGUCAUUCAGUAACGCGCUAACAGCAGUAGCAAACAAAAAACCCCCAACGACUCCUCGCCCAUCAACCGAUUCCUCUUGCAACUCUUCGGGACUUUUUUUUCGGAAUCAUUACCGUGUCGCGCCCUCUACUGCAGGAAUGGUUCAGUUGGGCUUCAAAACUACCGCAUGAUCUUAAUUUAAAUUUUCAAUCAUGCAAAUUGAAUAUUAAACCCUCUUCCAGCAGUACCACCCCGUCUGUCACGUCCUGUUCCUUACGCCUUAUCUGGUCCCGCUUGUGCAAUUUCUUAAGCACAUUUUCUUGAACCAAGCACUGCAAUAUGGGUUUCCGCUUUUCGUCCGUCUCUUUUUUUUUUUGUUUUUUAAACGCCGGCAACCUUCGUGCCUGCGCCGGGUUGCAAUUUUCAUUUUCCACCCGCAAAACAAUACGCGGAAGGAAAACAUUCUCCACUCCCUAUUGCCGUGUCAAGCCCUCCCAUCUGGCCUGCAACUGUCGACGGUAAUGGACAUAAUUAGUGCCGGAGUUUCAUCAGGGCGAGCUGAAAGUUGCCGCCCUCACUGCAGACGAAAGCAUAGUUGUAGGAAGUAGGCCCACGCGAACACGACAAAGCGAAGCUCCUUGCGGGUUGGCGGCCGGUCGAUAUGAAACUAACAAGUAAUCGUGUAUGCUAAUGGGGGGGGCGCAUUUAAAUGUAGGUGGAUCAUGCAACGGGAUCAUGGAACAGUGCUGAACGCUAUUUGUUGCAGCAUCGAAGCAUCAGCUAUGCUUAAUUUUUUUUUUUUGCUGGAAUCUGAUCCCCGAUUUGAUGCAUGCGUAAUGCUCUCCUAUCAUCAUACUUAGCUUUUCGACUCUCAGCCCCCGGCCAGGUUCCAUAAGAACGACGCCGACAGGAACGGUGACAAACCACCAUGGCCACACAGCAUAACCAGUGCCAGUCUAAGGUCAACCACGGACAGUAAGUGCAUACAUGUGUGUGUGUGUUUGUGUGUGUGUGAGAGAGAAAAAGAUAUAGCGCACCCAACAGCUAACAGCCGCAAUCUGCAUUGCACCACCCAACCCGGUUGCAGUAUAAAUUUGGCCCGCACGGCACUGAGACCUGAUCGUGUGGCGGAGGUUGGUGUAAGGGCUUUGUGAAACAAUUUCAUUUUUACUCCCUGUCACACCCCCUCCCCC